AUAAUUACAGACGGCAGUGGAUCGGGGUAUUUUUAGUUUGUAUUUAUUAUACUCAAGAUAAUUCGUCAAGGGGAGAUCAGGCUUUGUGCCCUGCAUUGAGGCUAACAAGUGUUUCCCUUUUUUACUUCACUAUGACUUGCUGUAGGCCAACACGUAUUUUUUUAUGGGAACAGCAUAUUCCUUGGAGUUUGGCAGGAAACCCACUCGGUUUGUUUGCAAACACGCCGCGUGAACCGUGCAGGGCGCAGCAUAUGCUGCGCGCACACAUGCAAAUAAGAUAAGAUAAGAAAUACGUACGGACUGCCUGGCAUACAGCGGUGUGUGCAAAUCGGACCACAGUGCCGCGCCUCUCUUUUUCCAAAGGGAGUUAAGUGUACUUCCACAAUUAGCGGCUUCCAUGAACGUGAAACGCGACGAGGGACGCGUACACCUGACACUAUGUCCGGUGGCCAGGAGGGGACCGGACACGCGAGUCAAAGAUCUCGACCACCGGGGAGCGACGAGAGGCGCAAGGGCCGCCUCGUGUGCGCUCUGGAGAUGGAGAUGACCAAGCGCGCCAUCUCCAAGGUGGAUUGUGGGAACUACGACGGCUUGGUGCACAGAAACGGAGGGGACUCGGCGGAGGUUUCCGUGCCCGUGUCUCUUCCCGGCAAGAGGGGCACUCAAAUGGAGGGAGACGACCUGUACAGGCUGCGAGACAGAAAGUUCUUGCUGGAGGACAAGAAGCGGCUGUGCGCGCUCUCUUUGGGCUCAGCUCUGCUCGGAAUACUGCUGAUGAUCCUCCAUACUGAGAUGUGCCCAUUGUUCUACAAACCGAUUAUGGACAAAGCAGCAAAGAAAAACAACAAAGAUUGCAUGAAAGGCACCGAUAUUGCCUUAAUCAUCAACUGUUCCAUCACCCUGUCCACUGGCUGUCUCCUCAUCUUCAUCAUCGCGUUCCAUUACAAGGACAUCAGACUCUUCAUCAUCGAUCACAACCAGGUAGACUGGCGUAUCGCCAUGACCAGCCACAGGGUUUUUCUGAUCACUCUCGAGCUAUUAGCCUGCGCCAUCCAUCCCGUCGGCACAUACUGGGAGGUGGGCCUCCACGGCAACUCGUCUUUCUCACCUCCACUGUGUGACUCCAACCAUCACAACACGGCCCUGGCGAAUUUGGAGCUGCUGCUGUCGGUGCUGAUGUUCUUGCGCCUGUACCUGGUGCACCGGGCUGUCCUGUUGCACAGCAAAGUGUUGCUGAGCGCCUCCUACAGGAGCAUUGGCUCACUCAACAAUAUCAAUUUUACCUUCCGCUUCGUACUCAAAGUGCUGAUGAACAAGUACCCGGCUCGCACCCUGCUGGUGUUCAUCCUCUUCUUCUGGCUCACGGCAUCCUGGAUGCUGACCCUUUGUGAGAGACAGACUGCAGGCUCGACAGAUCACAUGGAAACGGCCUUGUGGCUCAUCGCCAUCACCUUUCUGACGGUGGGCUACGGCGACGUGGCGCCCAAAACGCCCUGUGGCAAAUCGGUGUGUCUCUUCACCGGAGUCAUGGGUGUAGCCUGCACCGCAAUGCUGGUCGCUGUGGUAACCAAGAAGCUGGCAUUGAAUAAAGGGGAGAAGCAUGUGCACUUUUUCAUGCUGGACAUCCAGAUCUCAAAAGGGAUCCGCCAUGCUGCUGCAAACGUGCUUCGCGAGUGCUGGCUCCUGCACAGAGCUAACCUGACCAAAGGAACCCGAGGAGAGCACCGAAGACACCAGAGAUGUCUUUUGGAGGCCAUCAGAGUAUUUCGUCACUUGCGCCUCAAACAGAGAAAACUGCGCGAUUACGUCAGUGAGAUGGUGGACCUCCCAAAGAUGCAGAUGAUCAUGUGUGAUCUCAGCGCCAAUUGGAAUAACUCGUAUCGGGAGCUGGAGCAACGGAUCCUGUCCAUGGAGCAGAAACUCGAAGAGCUGAGUCGCUCCUUCCAAGAAACCUCAAAGCUGCUGUCUCAGGUCUUACGUCACCGCAACCAGGAGAUCAGGUGACACGGCCACUGCCCUCACUUCAGAAAAUAACUUUUUGUCCGACAAUGCCUACAAAAGGGAGGCGGUGAACAUCUCCACCUGUGCACAGCUACUUCUACAUGCUUCCAACAUUUUGGAGGAGUGGCAAGAGGUUAUCUUCGGGCCCAGUUUCGGGUAUCCGUCACCAAUCACGACUGUGGAAGGACUCAUCGAGAGCUUUCAAAUGUACACUGUCAAGCUUCAAGACUUGCUCUGUAUUAUUGUUAUUUUUAUUAUUAUUAUUAUAAUACGCCAUUUUUAAGGGCUUUUUUGAUUGGACUCAUCAGUGCCUUAUUUAUUUUAAACUCAUUGGUGGUAGUGUCCAGUUUCAUGAAAGCUUUGCAGAGAUCAUGUUUCAACACAGCUUAACAAAAACGCAAUGUUGCAGACGAAGACACCUUUAUUUGAAAUUGUUUAAAAUCUUGUCGUGUUCGUGUCAAAUGAAAGAUCUUCAUUGUGGGAUGCAGACCUAGUUUUUGUGGGGACAUUGAUAACAGGGUGCAAGCUGGCUGCUCUUCAGUGGCCUAACUACUCCACCUAGCGGACAUUGAGUAGGUUGCGUAUAGUCGGAAUGAAAAUAUCAUUGACAGUUCAUUAAAACCCACAAAUUAUCGCAACACAGGAAAAUUGAACCACACAACAUAUGACGUACAGUGAACCCCCGCAUAUUCACUCUUAACAUUUUCAAAUUCACAUUUUUUUCAUUAUUAUCUAAAUAUGCUUUCCUCUGAUUGGUAGUUGCUUAUAUGUCGGUGUUGCCAUGUCUCUUCAAGUUGACUCCGUUGAAAUUUAGCGGGCCAGUGGACCAGAACGAUGCCCCAAUCACCCGAGAGCAUUUUUUUUCCCAAGAUCAUCUCCAUGGUGACACCCGCUUAUUUAUCGGCCGCUCGGCAAGCAUUCUGAUCCAAUUGUGAAUGUGUCGCUGUUUCCUGUUAAAAUUUGAGAAUGUAAUUUUAGCAUGUGAAAGCUUACGUUGACGAGGCAAUCCCCCAUGAAACAUGCCAAAACAAACACAAUACUGGUUCCAAAAUGCUUCGUAGUUUCUCCAAAAAUAAAUUAAAUAGUUGAUUCCUCAAUCCCUCUGAGGUUGGGAGCUUAAUCAAAGUUUUUGUUUCGCACUAGACACGAUAUUUAAGAGGCUGAGAUUCCGAUGAUUUGGAUAAUUUAAACAAGAUCUCUUAACCAUGAAUCGACGAUCAAAAUAGUUGUUGAUUAAUUUGAUAUUUGAGAAGUUGUCAAUUGAUAAAUAAUUGCUCCUAAAACAUACUUUGCUACCAUCAUGUGGGUAUCAAUACACUUAACCUCAUUUUGUGGGCGUCAAUUUCUUGCAAUUUUCUCUAUUCAUGGCAAGGUUGGAUUCGCAUACCCACACCAAUAGUAGGGUUUCACUGUACAUCUUCCAUUCAAACAAUCAAUCCCAAAACACAUUCCUCAUUGGAAAGGAAGCACUUUGUUAGAAAACCUCACAUGACUGGACAAACUAUCUCAAUGGGGAGGAUAAACUGGAGAUUUUCUUUUUUUGUAUGUGUAUAUUGCUGAAAUCAGUGACGUUUCUUGUAUUCUGCUGUUGUCAAAAUAAAUUGGAAUUUGCACGUC